CAUCAUGCUUUAUGCUGUCACCUUUUAAGCCUCAAAGAAUCUCUUUCAAGAAAGGGCUGAGUUUUAUUUUGUGUUGAAGUCUGCAAACGUGUGAUUUUUGUGUUCAUAAAAUAUUUAUGAUUUUAAUCGAAGGAAAUAUAUAACAAAAGAAACUUGAGCUAUGGAUGGAUUCAACGACGACGAUACAAUUCCCUCGUUCAAUUCUUCUGCAUUAAUAGAAGAAAGUGAUGAAGACGAUGGCAAUAUUGAAGGAGGGAUUGAUUAUGAAUACGUAGACGAUGAUGACAGAAGCCGAUCAUCAUUGGAUUCGUAUGAAGGAACGUACAGGACUACUAAGCGAUUCAAAAAUGCAAUCGCUACUGAAAAUUCAUUUAAAAUGAAUGUCAUGAAAAUAUUGAAGCGAUCGUGCGAAGUCGCAGGCGAUUUUGCAGUAUCCGGAAGGAUGGACCGUACACCACUUAUAGCUAUUUCACUCAAAAAUAAACGAGAUGGUGUUGAUGAAGCGAUCAGAUUUCCAUUAUCGGAAAACGAAGUCACGAAAAUUAUAAAAUGCUUUGAAUCGUCACCGUAUGGACGAGCAACUGAAACCAUAGCUGAUCGUACUGUACGAAGCUCGUUACAAUUAAGUCCUGAUAACUUUGAGAUCUUGAAUUCGGACUGGGACAAUUUCAUAAAAGUGGACUUGGUGAAUCUCGUACAAAAGGAGUUGUCGCUUAACUGUACAGUCGUGGCAUCGCUGAAUAAACUUCUCAUCUACCAGCCUGGCUCAGUUUUCAAGUCUCACUGCGAUUCGGAAAAGGAAGAAAAUAUGUUUGGAAUGCUUGUGGUACAAUUGCCUUCAAAAUUCAAAGGUGGACAACUAGUGGUUCGUCAUGACGGAAAAGCGAAAAUAUUUGACUUCAGCUCGAUGGAUGGUUCAACGAACAACACAUUCAGUACAUUCUUUGCCGCCUUUUAUUGUGCCUGCGAGCACGAAAUUCUGCCAAUAACAGAAGGAUAUCGUUUGUGCUUGGUGUAUAAUUUGAUUGCAAUCAAGCCAGAUAUACCGACCGCACCGAAGAGCCGAGAAUCGGAAAUGGAAUUGAUUAAACUUCUGCGAAACUGGGAAGGACCAAGAAAAUUGGUCUAUGCACUCAGCCAUAGAUAUUCGGAGGCUAAUCUCGCAUUCAAGAACUUGAAAACGACCGAUAAAAUUGUUGCCGACAUUUUGCUGCAAGUAUCAGAGGCAUGUGAGCUGAACAUUUUUCUAGCAAUAUUUGAGAAAAAUUGCUCUGGUUACUAUAGAGAUGACGAGGAAAUUACCAACUGUAGUGGAUGUGCGACCGAUUACGUGGGAAAUUUCGACGGAGAAUUCGAUGAAAUUUCGUACGCAUUGAAAGCAAUCAUUUCGGACGACAAAAAGGUUAAUUGGUCGCGCUUAUUGACUAAUUUCAACAAGGAGGUUAUUCCCACGGAUUGUUUUGAUUCGAUUGAACCGUAUCAACAAGAUUGCGCACAUUCUGAAAAUGAAGAUGUUCGUAUAAUGAAAUGGUACAGCUGUGCAGCUAUUACUCUUUGGCCAAAGAGAUCUACCUUUCAUGUGUUGAAGGCCAGCAAAGCGGAAACAAACGUUAUGGACAUGUUCUUCAUCAAGGAAGCCAAAUGCUAUUUCGACAACGGUUGCAAUGCAGAGGACAAGAAAGAGAUCUUAGAGUGGGCAAACUACAUUGUAUCUCAGAAGCGUUAUAAACUGAUCGGCGUGCUGGACAUCGUAACGACCAUCAUCAAGUUUAACAAUAUCGGAUUGAUUCAAAAACUGAUUCCUAACGGUGUUGUACGUUCACCGAAAGCGUUUUCAUUAAUUUUGAAAGAAUGCGACAAGUUUGGAUGGGAGCACUUUGCUACAUCGAUGGUGGACGUGAUCAAGGGAGCUGCACGAAGGUAUGCCAUCAGAAUUCUGAAUAUGUGUUUCGGUGGCGGAUAUUUAAAUCCGAACAAAAGCAAGGUGUUUUUAACACUUCUUCAAGCAAUUUUUGAAAAAGGAAAUUCAGAAGACAGCUUCAACUUCAACUUUUCAUCAGAAGAUAAAAUUAAGCAGCAAAAGGAAGACAAAGAGUUGUUGGAGCCCCUAGUGAAUAUUGUGCUGCGAUUCAAUAAUCUGAAAUUAGUCCAAGACUUCGUCAAAUUCGUUUUACCGCUACAUUCGGAAACUAUAUUCCUACUCGCUACGAUAUGUGCUCAGUAUGGCUGGCAAUCAUUUGAAACAACAAUUACAGAGAAGCUCAACAAAAAGUCAAAGAAAGAUCAAAUCGUAACUUUGACCUUGCUGAUUCAGACCGGAUUUCUGAAUGACGACAAAAAGGCUCUCUGUCUCAAAUUAUUCGGAAUCAUGUUCGAUAAAAACGAAGAGUUUGUCCAUGAUCCACUUCAUCUUUACAAUCGAGCGAAUUCACAGGCGGAAAUCAUCAAACGUCGAAAGGACGAGAAAGAGUUACUGGAACCGUUAAUAAAUGCUGCCAGCUCUUUCAACAAUGUGCAGCUUCUAAAAAAUAUUUUCCAGCGAAUGGCGUUGCAUUCUGAGACAAUUCCAUUGCUAAUCGAUCCGAGUCAAACAUAUGGUUGGAAUGCAUUUGCCACAGAAAUUGGCAAUAAGUUCAUAAAACUAUCUCAGAUCGAUGCAAUUGACACCCUGUCUGUGUUAAUUGGUAUUGACAAUUUCAAAGAAGAAAAGGGUUUGUGCUUCAAUUUGUUUCGAAUGGUAUUAGAGAAGCAGCACGCACCUCUAUCAAGUAAUCUGCGUCGAAUAACGCAGGAAGAGCAAGUAAAGUUUCUCAGAGAAAAACAUCAUAUUUUGCACUCCAUAUGUUGUAUGGCUGAGAAGAUCGAGUUCAAUUUGUUACCAUUUGCACAACGACAAUCAUUUAAAGACUUCGUGCCCGUUCUACUUCUGUUGGCGCAAAAAGAAACGACUACAAACCGUUUGUCAACGUUUUGGUCUGCAAUUGUUCAACACUUCAUGGCCGAAAUUCAUACAGAAUUGAAAAAGCCCAUCCAAAUUAGCUGGCGGCACUGUACCGACUCGUUAUAUGCUUGCUGUAACGAUUGCACGAUGCUGAAAACCUUCGUGGGAAGCAACAAAGAAACGGAAAUUUUCAAAAUGGGAGAUCAGCGUCGGAAACAUCUUCAGCAUCGCAUAAAUUUAUUGGGAAAAUUGACAUAUCGUAUGGAAAUUGCUGGACGAGGUCAGAUUGGUCUUAUGAUUGUGACGAAAACCGAAACGAACACAUCCGAAGCGAUUCGGAAUCAGAAUUUGGGUAGAGCUCUAUCGGACAAACUGCAAGCAGUUAUGCCACACAAUCUCGUCACGAAUGUGUGAGUCUGGACUUUUUCUUUCUUAUAUUCUUCAGUCACUUAGGUUUUUAGUUUUAUCGAAUGUUUGUGUAACUUUUAGUGAAAAAUAAGACGGAACUCCGUUCCAUUUGAAUAA